AUGCUUAGAUAUACUCGUUUACUCCGGAGUUAUACUUUAUUGGCAAAAUCUCAGGUAUGCCAUUAUAGAGUGAAGCGAGCGCCGUUGAAUUCCAUCUCGCAUAUACCUGGGAUUGUUAACAGCACCACUAUUAAACCUGAUGAACCAGAAAAAUGCGUUGUUUUGAAAGGACAAACACCUGAAGAAGUUGAAAAUAAUUUAAUCAGUAGUAGAAAGUUUCAAGUGAUCAAUUCGCUUGACGUCAUCCAGGAAACUUUCAUUCAAUAUUUGAAAUUCUGUAAUGGAAAUACGUUCAAAAGAAGCAACAAAAACUUGAGCAAUUUGAGAAAAACUUUAGAAAGCAAGGAGUCUAGUAGUACUGAAAAAAUAAGUGCAGUUUUCAACUAUCUACUGGAAGAGUGCCAUUUAGAGAUAAAGAGAUCAAAAACAGUCGGCCUUGGUCAGGUAUCUGAUGAAGAGAAAAGGAAUGAAGAUGAUUUAGAGCAGUACCUAAUGAAUCAAGUCUUCGAAUCAGCACAGGAAGAAUUUAAAGAUCAGGAAGGCGGAAAAUUCUCGAGGUAUACAACCUUCCUACUUGAGAUUUUGAAAAAUUUAAAUGAGCAGUUUGAUGGCGUAACCAAGCCAAAGGAAUCAAUAACGGAAAUGAUCACAUUUGACCAACUUGCUCAAGCGUUUGAAGUGGUCAAAUUGAUACCGAUGGAAGGAAAAAAACAGAUGGGUAUUUAUUUUGUUGGAAAUUUACUCUAUGGCACAGGUAAAGUUCGUUUAGACCCUAUAAAUGAGUCGUUCUAUAUUGAAUCUCUACUAGCAUUUGGAAAUUAUAAGGCGGCAUACAAUCUAUUCAUUACUAAUAAAGACAAGGUAGAUGAGCGUUGGUGGAAUGAACUGGGAUUAAUGAUUACAUUAAGAUCUAACCAUAUGAGAAACUUCAGAAAAAUUUUAGCAGAGACAGAUGUAAAGUACCCAUCGACAUACUCUUAUUUAAGCCCAAGAGUAAUUAAAUUAGGUGUACGGAAAUAUUUAUCAAUUGGAAAUUUUACUGAGGCCAACAUGCUAACUGAUCGCUUCAUCCAAUUAGUGGAGAAAGUUGGAAUAUACAGAGCGGAAGACAAGAAAAAAGAAUCUACAGUUUCAAUUAGAAAUUUCCAAAACGAGGAACACGCCACUAAAUAUUUAAAUGAAGUAGAAAUACCAUCAGAUCAUGAUUACAUGAGUAUUAUUGAUUUUCACCUUUACAAGAGGAAUAUCCCCAUGGCAGCGCAACUUAUCAGCAAAUACAUUGACAUACCUGAAACAACUAAAGAAAAUGCUGCAUUUUUAAUUCUGAAAACUAAAUUGAAUAUGUUGAAAGAUUUUGAGAAGCUACGCAAAAUUUUUGCUCAAAGUAAAGAUUAUGUUGUGCCUGAGAAAAACAUCAUGAUGUUGAAAGAGGCAUUUGAAAGUGUCGUUGCAAAGUAUAACACAGAUACCCCAAUAUAUAAUGACUUGUUAUUUGAGAAUGUUUCGGCGCUAAAAAAAAGUGUUAUAUUAACUGAUUAUGUGAAUGAAUUUGUUGCUCAACAGGCUUCUGGACAAUGGAUGAAACUAGACAGUGUCUCACGCUCCAAAAAAUUCAAUGGAUUGUUGAACAUACUUUUGGGUAUAGGUGAAGAAGAAAAGGCAUAUAAUAUUUUGAAGAAAUUAGAAGAGGCAUCAAAUAAAUCGAAAAUGGACCCAACUUUACUUUAUAAUCAAUUCUAUUCCGAAGUUAAUGCAUACCAUUAUGCUAAGUUUGUUGAAUUUUAUAGGCUUCAAAUUCAGAAUAUCAAGGCACGAAAUAUGCCCACACUUGAUAAGAAGGAAUGUAAGCGGAAAAUAAAUGUACUUCUAAAAAGAAUGCAAGAGUCUGAGGUAGUUCCUAAUGCCGUGUUUUUGAGAGAAAUACUCAUAUUUUAUGAUAGCAUAUAUGACUUUACGUCAAGUUUUGAGAUAAUUAACCCGCUGCUUGAAUCUAAACAGCAGGUAAACUCGGAAUCUUUACUGUCCACGUCAAAUCCUUCUCAAUUUUACAACCGACGUAUAAUAACAAAACCAUUGUACCAUGAGAUUUGGUCAGUAUAUUGUCAUUACUACCAUAUUCUACAGGAUAAUUCUAAGAUUUUAUCAAAAAAAUCAUCAAUUAUAAAGAAACUGAUAAAAAGGCAAAUAAAUAUACACCCUACUUUUCACCCAAGAGCAUUGUUUCGAAUGACGACGAACGAUGGUGAAACUCUUCCAGACAAGAACUUUUUCAAAUUAAUUGUUUCAACGUUUAUGAAAAGCGAAGACUUAGAAGCAAUCCCAGCUCUAUUAACUAUUCUUACGAAAAAACAUGAUUUGGAUAUAGAUUUCGAUUUGAGUUUGUAUAUUUUGAAGGGUUUGAAAAGACAAUAUUUACGAAACAUAAGCAACAUUAGCAAAGAUGCGUAUGAUUACAAAAAAAGGAAAAUGGAGCUGAUGAACAAUGAUUCGAUCUUAAAAACGAUUCCACAGGGUCUCGAGCAAGAUGAAACGAUAUCUCACCUGAUCAGGGAAGUUUUGAUUUUCAUAAAGUGGAAAGAUAAUAGCAAUUAUUGUAGUUUCCUGAUGGUGGUGGAUGCCUUUAGAGAAUUAGGGUCAGAGUUUACUUUACCCGAACAGUUAAUUGAAGAUGUAAAUAAAUUGAAGAUUAAAGCAUAG